GGUGCUCCUCUUCCAAUCUGUUGGCCCAAGAGGUGAAGACUACGUGGCGGCUAAGCCCUGUCGGUUUUUUUCUGUUUCAUAGUAAAAGUAGAGAGAGAAAGAAAGAACGGAGACAUAAACACAAAUGGCGACUCUCAAUCUCUUCUCUCAGCCAUUGCAACCCACAAUUUCUCCUUCUUUCUGUUGCUCUAAUACUAAUCACUAUAAUUCUAACAAUUCUAAAUUACAUUUCUUUACCAAUUCCCGUCACUUCUCUGUUCUUCCUCAAUUCUCCACUCACUCCUCAAACUCAAAGUCAGGCAGUGGAAAUUCAUGGCUGCAAAACAGUUCCACUUCUGCUGGCAUUGAGUACAGGAAGCGUCCUCUAUAUUCUGUGUUUCCCACAAAACCUGCUCAAGUCGCCUCUGUGCAAGACCUCUAUGAAUUUAUUUGCUCAGGACCUUUGCUUGACAAAAUAGGUAUCACACAAGAGCAGGUGGCUGAGUCCAUUGAUACGUGGCUACUGUAUGGCCGGUACCUAUGCAGAUUGUUUCAGCUUAAUGAGUUGUACCUUACAGAGCCUCAAAAGGCUAGGAUUUAUCACUACUAUGUACCAGUCUUUCUCUGGUGUGAACAGCAGAUUUCUCAGCAUCAGUCCAAGUUCAAAGAGGGAGAAGAUAUACCUCCCUUAGUGAUUGGUUUUAGUGCUCCUCAAGGCUGUGGAAAGACAACCCUUGUCUUUGCUCUUGACUAUCUUUUUGAAGAGAUUGGCAGGAAGUCUGCAACAAUAUCUAUAGAUGAUUUUUAUUUGACGGCUGAAGGUCAGAAUAAACUGAGGGAGGCUAAUCCAGGAAAUGCACUUCUUGAGUUCCGUGGAAAUGCUGGAAGCCACGAUCUUGCAAUUUCUGUUGAAACUCUGUCAGCCUUAACCAAAAUGACAAGAGAAGGUAUGAAAAUGAAGUUACCAAGAUAUGAUAAAUCUGCAUUCAGUGGGAGAGGUGACCGUGCUGAUCCUUCAACAUGGCCAGAAAUUGAAGGCCCCCUGACAGUUGUGUUGUUUGAAGGUUGGAUGCUUGGUUUCAAGCCCCUUCCAGUUGAAGCAGUAAAGGGUGUUGAUCCCCAGCUAGAAACUAUAAAUAAAAACCUUGAAGCAUACUAUGAUGCAUGGGACAAAUACAUAAAGUCAUGGAUAGUCAUCAAGAUUAAGGACCCAAAUUGUGUCUUCCAAUGGCGCUUGCAGGCUGAGAUUGCCAUGAGGGAAGCAGGCAAGCCUGGAAUGACAGAUGAUGAGGUGAGAGAUUUUGUUUCGCGCUACCUGCCGGCAUACUAUGCAUACCUUCCUACACUUUACUCAGAGGGACCAAGUGGAUCAGAUCCUAAGCAUCUCCUAACCAUUGAAAUAGAUGAAGGGAGAAACCCUAUCCUUGCUGCCUAGGUUGACUGUAUGAUAGAUCAUUGCAGGUUUUUCAAUUCUUUGAGAUGAUUUGAAUGGCUAUUCAGCAUUAAUUAGUUACACCAUCAGUGGAGCUAUGUCAUUGAAUCAGCACUAUUUCCCUUGAAAUGUAUAGAGAAUAUUUCAUUAAUAUAUAAUAGCGAACGGCUAAUGCUUUCUGUUUUGUUAUUUGAUCAAAAAAUAGAAUAAGAAGCCUAGACUACUAGUCGUUGAUAGUUAAUGGCUUUUUUAUUUUUUCAA